CGCUAUGAACUUCCUCCACUUCCUCGUAUUUUUCCUAAAUUGUUUGAUUUUCCAUUCAAUUUUUGCUAUGACAUACGAAUCUAGUGAAGAAACAAUGUUCGAGGUUCCGGAGCAUGAUUUUGGAGUUUCGGAAUAAUUUCUUGAAUUUUUCAAAUUUUUGAGUGAAUGAAGCUUUCAUUUAGUUCA